UUUUCUAUCUGAAUAAGUAUUUACAUAUUUAAUCUAGAGAAACUUUAUACUGAAUAAACAACCCAUACAGAAUGUCACAAAAUGAUUUGGGAGAUUGGUACAGAGGAAUACCAAAGAUAACACGCUACUGGUUUACAGCAGCUGUUGUUGUCCCCCUUGCCGCAAAGUUUGGUGUUGUUAGUGGGGGAUGGCUGGUUCUUGAUUAUUUCCAGUUCUUCCAUAACUUCCAGAUAUGGAGGCCUAUUACUGCUGCUAUUUAUUACCCCAUCACUCCCAUGACAGGGUUCCACUACCUUAUCACACUCUAUUUCCUAUACAGUUAUUCUAUAAGACUAGAAACAGGUAUAUUUGCUGGCCGGCCUGCAGAUUAUGUGUUUCUUCUCAUAUUUAAUUGGAUCACCACCAUUAUUCUUGCUCUUGCCCUGAAUAUCCCUAUUGUAUUUGAAUUACUUGUCCUUGCUGCUCUGUAUAUCUGGUGUCAAAUUAACCGAGAUCAGAUUGUUUCUUUCUGGUUUGGGACACGUUUUAAGGCGGCCUAUCUACCAUGGGUUUUGUUUGCUUUCAAUCUUAUCAUUAGAGGAGGUGGUAUCCAUGAGUUACUUGGAAUAUUUGUUGGUCACACAUACUUCUUCCUUAAGUUCAAAUAUCCACUUGAUUUCGGAGGGACGUCUCUCAUUGAAACUCCACAGUUUUUGUACAAGUACUUUCCCAACACCAGGAGUGGCGUGAGUGGGUUCGGGGCGGCUCCCCAAUCAAGAAGGCGAGAUGUGAAUGGAGAUGAUGGAAAUAACGGCGGUCGUCAUCGUUGGGGGGAAGGGAGAAGGUUGGGAGAGUAAAGUGCAGAGACUUCUGCGUAUUUGUAAAUUUGCAAUAUUUUCCCCUAUUCUCAUUCAAUUUAGUUGACCCUUCGCCCUUUUAAAUGUUGUGUAGCCAACAAAGUAGUCCUUUUGUUAAUGCUGCCAUCUUGAUUCUAAAUUUGUGUUUUUUUAUUGUAUUGAACAAGUUUUGGAUGGAACUUUAAUACUGGUGUGAUGUAGAUAGUGUUUAGAUUCCGAACAGUUUUGUUAGGUUGGUGAACCGUAGUGGUAGCUGCUAAACAUGUGUACAAAAUAUAAGAUUUGUAAUGCUCCACCUAUCCAGCUACAUAAUUAAAAUGAAGCAAAUCGUACAAGUUUCAUUAUGGAGAAGUUCUGUUAUGUUAAACAAGUAAAUAAAGACAAUGCCUUCUAA